AUGUCCAUCAAAUACAUCAGCCAGAAGCUUGCUCAACAGAUUGACGAGGAGCUCAUGGGUCCUCACGGCGCCUUCUCCAUCGACCAACUGAUGGAACUCGCCGGUCUGUCUUGUGCCCAAGCACUAGCAAAGAGCUAUCCGGCCAAAUCACAUCGCCGACUCAUGGUAGCCUGUGGACCCGGCAACCAGGGAGGAGAUGGUCUAGUAGCAGCCCGUCACUUGCACCACUUUGCCUACAAACCCACCGUCUACCUCCCCAAACCUUCUUCCAAAGACCUCCUCCAGCGCCUGGUCACGCAAUGCGAGAACCUAAAGAUCCCAAUCAUCAAAGAUGUCGAAGGGUUCCAGAAGGCAUUGAAGGAGAGUGAUGUGGUUCUGGACGCCAUUUUCGGGUUUUCCUUCCACCCUCCCCUGAGAAAGCCGUUCGACCAAGUGCUCAAGGCGAUUACCAGUGCAAAACUGCCUAUCGUCUCUGUAGACAUCCCCUCGGGGUGGAGUGUUACCGACGGGCCUCAGCCGCUGUAUACGCAAGAGGAUGAGGAUGGAAAGACGGAGACGGUGGAGACGUUUGAACCGGAGGUGUUGAUCAGCUUGACGGCGCCGAAGGAAGGGGUGAAGGGGUUCAAGGGGAGGCAUUGGCUUGGGGGGAGAUUUAUCCCUGAUGAAUUGUCCGAAAAGUAUGGACUCAAUCUGCCCGAGUAUGACGGCGUGGAUCAGGUGGUCGAGCUUCCUCGAGCUUGA